ACACCCACGCACACGUCGAGGUUCGUCUACACCCUCCCGGCGGGUCCGGGCGCAGCGACACCGCCCCCGCUCCCGUGGGUCACGGCCGGCCCGCGUACUUGCCGGGCCUUCCCACUUCGGGGACCCCGGGCCCACCCCGCCGUCGCCCUGGUUACCCGGCUCUGCGUCGAGUCCUCGGGCUCUGCCCCUCUUUCCGGACCGCGUCGGCGGCCGUGGCACGCGAAGCCGCGGCGGGGCGGCCAGAGGAGCCCCCGCCUCCAGCCCGGCCCAGUAGCCGCCGCGGCCGCCGCCAUUGGCGUCCCCUCAGCCCCGCCUCGGCCGCGCCGCUUUACGACAGUCUCGUAAAAUGGCGGCCGCGGAGGAGGAGCCGGAGAAGGAGCAGGAGCAGGGGAGCCGGGGGCCGGCCAUGCACUCGGCCCGGGGUGACCAGCGAGCGGCCGAGGCGGCGAGGCAGGGCUCCAUCUGGCUGCCGGGGCCGCCCCCGCCUGGCGACUCGGGGCAGUGUCGACGCGCGGCCUCCCAGCUUCCCGAGAACUCGGGGCGGAGCGACAACUCUUCCCGCAGGGGGGCCCGGCUGGAGGUGAUCAGGGCGAGAGUGAAGGACUCGUCCACCAGUACGGACAGCUCCCUGUGGCCCCUCCGCGGCGGGAUAGCUGGCUCUUGUGGAACUGAACCAAAUAAAAGUAUGGAUAUGGGAAAUCAACAUCCUUCUAUUAGUAGGCUUCAGGAAAUACAGAAGGAAGUCAAGAGCAUUGAACAGCAAGUGAUUGGCUUCAGUGGUCUCUCAGAUGACAAGAACUACAAGAAGCUGGAGAGGAUUCUGACUAAACAACUUUUUGAAAUUGACUCUGUAGAUACCGAAGGAAAGGGGGAUAUCCAACAAGCCAGAAAAAGGGCCGCUCAGGACACAGAGCGCCUUCUCAAAGAACUGGAGCAGAAUGCAAACCACCCACACCGGAUAGAGAUAGAGAAUAUUUUUAAGGAAGCUCAGUCACUUGUCAAGGAAGAAAUUGCUCCACUCUGUAGCGGAGAUAACCGGGUAACUGAUGAGUUUGAAGAAGCUAUCCAGGAUGUCAUACUGAGACUGACGCACGUAAAAACUGGAGGGAAAAUCUCUUUGCGGAAAGCAAGAUACCACACUCUGACCAGAAUAUGUGCAGUUCAAGAGAUUAUUGAGGAUUCCAUGAAGAGGCAACCUUCCUUGCCACUCUCUGAAGACGCACAUCCUUCUGUUGCUAAAAUAAACUCUGUUAUGUGUGAAGUGAACAAAGCCAGAGGGACUCUUAUUGCUCUUUUAAUGGGAGUAAACAAUAGUGAGACUUGCAAGCACUUGUCCUGUGUGCUUUCAGGACUGAUCGCUGAUCUGGAUGCUUUAGAUGUUUGUGGACGCACAGAAAUAAGAAAUUACAGGAAGGAAGUAGUGGAAGAUAUCAACAAAUUAUUGAAAUAUUUGGAUUUAGAAGAAGAAGCAGAUUCUACUCAUGCAUUUGACCUGGGACAGAAUCAGUCCAUUUUAAAAAUAGAGGGGGUCCUCAAGAAAAUGAGAGAAGUGAAGAAUGAACUUCUUAAAGCACAAAAUCCUUCUGAUUUAUACCUGGGAUCAAAGACAGAAUUGCAAAGUUUAAUUGGACAGUUGGAUGAAGUAGACCUUGGGAAGAACCCAUGUAUCCGAGAAGCAAGAAGAAGAGCUGUAAUAGAAGUGCAAACACUUAUCACUUUUAUUGACUUGAAGGAAGCUCUUGAGAAAAGAAAGCAGGGGGUUGCUGAGGAACACCCAUCCCACAAAUCCAUCUGGAGCGUUCUUGGAAGUUUGUCCGAGAUCCAGGGAGAAGUUCUUUCAUUUGACGGAAAUAGAAGUGAUAAGAACUAUAUACGGCUGGAGGAGCUCCUCACAAAGCAACUGCUGGCCUUAGAUGCUGUGGAUCCUCAAGGAGAGGAGAAGUGCAAAGCUGCCAGAAAACAAGCUGUGAAGCUUGCACAGAAUAUUCUCAGCUAUCUCGACUUGAAAUCAGAUGAGUGGGAAUACUAAGAUAUCAGAGGUCACAUAUUUGAUAUUGCUUGUUUUGCACUUUAUGUAGAUUCCUAUAUAUUUAUAUAGAGCUCUUUCAGUCUACUGAGGCAUAUAUGAUUUUAACAUGCAUAUUUCAAUACCAGUAUUUGUUUAUGACCCCUGACUUGAGCAGAUUAUAUCUCUACCAUUUUUCACAGUGCAAAAACAGUUGUAUUUACAACCCAUUAGCAUUUCCAUUUGGGUUGUAUUAUCUAUAUGAUGUGUAUUUUUAUUCUGGAAAAAAAUGAGUUGUGUCAGAAGCAGAGUUUGUAGUAAUUGAUCUAUUUUUAAAAUGGAUAGUGCAAAGGCAAAAAAUGCAAAUGUUCUGAAAUAUAGAUAGACUUCUUACACAGUACUGGAAAUAAUUAUGAAAAUGAGAAAUAGAUUGAUUAUUGGCCUGAUAAAAUUAAGAUCCAAACACUAGAGCAGCGCAAAAAGUUUUUAAUAUGCUAAAUAAAAGCAAAAAGGAAAACCAAUUUUUAAAAUUUAGAAAUGUUGAUUUGUUUUUCCAUUUUACUAUUUGUUGUUAUUUAAACUAUUUUUUCCCUUUUGGUAAGAAUUUUAUGUUUAGAAAAGUAUCUUUUCCCCUGUGCUAUGCAUGGGGGACGACAAGGGUGGUCAACAAAUUAUUUCCCUUUUUUGUUAUGAAAUUAUGAAAACUAAUAGCAAAAAAGGGAAAAAUUACAGAUUGAAUUGAAGAGGAGUUAAAGCACUUCAUACUCUUAAGUUUUCAUCUUUUUUUUAAGUUCGUGUUAAAUCUGAGUUGAACUCUAGUAAAUUUGUAUGGAUUUGGAUUGGCAUUUUUUUGGUUAAGUUUUUGAUAUUUGGGGAGGAAAUGGAAAACUUAUGGACACUAGAAAAUGAGUAACUUGUUAUCAAUGGCAAGUUAUACUAAUAGUCAGAAAACUAUAUAUAUGCAUAUACACACACACACACACACACACACACACACACACACACAUAUAUAUUCACACACAUACAUAUAUAUAUAUAGUAUGUAAUGGUUUUUUUCUGACAGUCAAGCUUAGUAAAUAAACCCAAUCUUAUUUCACAACAGAGAAUUACAACACACAGCCACUGACGUAGAUUUGCCUUGACUUGUCAUUAUAAGAGAUUAAUUGCCCCUGGGAAAGAGAUGCCAGCAUUUUGCACACCAAACUAAAAGGAAAACUGCAUUGAAAUCGUGAUGCUGGGUAGUCAUUAGGUUGCUGGGGAUAAUUUUAUUUGUAUGUGGAAGCUUUUUAAAAACUGAAAUAGACAUUGAAACAGUUGCAGUGCAUGAGGGUUUUCAUAAGAUUCCCUAAGUAUUUUUCUAAAUUUGAUUUUGUUAUCUCCUAACCCAAACAAAAGAAUUUCUGAAAAGCUCUUAAGUGCCUUUUUAGCAUCUUAAAAGUAGUUUCACCUUUAUAGGUUCCCAUAUUCUAUAUGGGACAGCCAGACCCAUAUAACAUCCCUCAGAAAAUAUUAAAGCCUAUUAGGGGGUAUAGAUUGAACCGUUUGUUAAUAUUUACUUUCAGAUGUUUUUGUUGUUUGAAUUAGGAAAAAACUGUUGGCAAAGGAAAAAUUUUAAUAGAUAAAAGUACCACUCUAAACAAGUGGUUAGCUUUUUUGUUUCUGGUGAUCACAAAAAGGUUGUUGAUACCUGUCUGUCUUCGUGCUUCCUUUAUUUUUCCGUUUUGUCAACAUUAUAUAAUAGGAGCCUGGAAGCCAGCAACAGAAGCAAUCUGUGUGUGAUAGCUUCUUUGCCCAGCGUUCUCUAGCCCAUCAUAGUAUUGCAUUUAGUUUGUGUUUUCACUUUUUUUCCUAAAAACUUGAAUAUUGUUAUAUCACUGACUAUUUUAAUGAUCACCUUAAACUUUAAAGAGACUGUACCCUGAACCAUAAUAUUGCCUGUUAAUUGAAUGUGACAUUUUCAACCUCUGAGAAGUAAGAUGUGACAUAAUGAUGCAUUUAACACCCCAGUUUUAUUUUUUUAAUUUGGCAUUGUGUCUUAAAAUAGAGGGAUUAGUCAAGAUUAAAAUAUAUCCACUAACCUUUAGAAUAUAACAUUUUUUCAUGCAAUUUUUUUCCCAAACUAUUUCCUAUGACUUAUUAAAGAAACAUCUCAUUUAAAGUUGCUUAGUAUUAGGCACUGUCUCUAUGUGGUACUAAAUUUGCCAGUUAAUUUGAAUUGAUCACAGGGAUAUUUUGUCCAUCAAAAGUGCCAGAUCAACCUUGAGUAAUCUAAUAGAUUGGCUCUUUUGGUGGUUGGGGAAAAACUGAUGAUCUGUUGGGUCAAAAUGUUCAAGCAUGCCUUUUGUUUCUUUAUUUUAACAUAUUUCUUGUUGCCAAGGGCCCAUUCCUAUUGUACUUACUGGUGUAAUGAACUCCAGUAACACACAGGUUAGUUUUUCUAUUUUACUUAUUGGGAACUGGUUUGGGUUGGAAUGGAAUUUACCGUUUACCGUUUAGCUCAUCAUACUGUAUUUUAAUAAUUUUUGCAUGAAGAAAUACUGUAAACUAAGGACAAUAUACAAGAAAAAAGUAUGUCCUGUACUUGUGUUACUCAAUAGUCAUAAAACAUUUAUAUGUAAUAUGUAAUCUAUUUUCAUAACUAGAAUGGCCAGAGAGUGUUUGUUUUCUUCAGCUUUUUUAGAUCUUUUAUUCAAUAACUAAGUUAAAAUGGACCAGACCAUAAUGAAGUAGUUAUUAGAAAUAAAUAUGCCUACCAAAUAGAAUUUAACGGAAAUGCUCUAAUUUUGUUAAAGUGAUGUGGUACAAUAUUUUUGUAGUGGCAAUACAACAUACAUUUUGUGUGUUUUGAGAAAAGCGUGAAAUAAUUUGUGGGAUUUUUUCCCACUUGUCAUAUUGCUUUUCUGCAUCUUUGUGCAGGUUUGUGAUUGUCUUAAGUUUAUUCUGCAAGUUCAGGAUUUUCUUAGGAGUCAUUUAAGCAUUCAAAUGACCAGAUCUUUCUUUUUUCUUUAAAAAAAAAAUCCAUUGGGAAAUACUUGCCAUUGAUUGUUAAAAUGUAUAACUACACCUAAGUAUUUCUGCAGUAUUUGUUUCCUACCCCCUCUUGACUGUAUAAAAAAUGUAAUAGUGUGUCAAGAUAGUUUAAAAUUGUUUUGAAUUAUACAUAUUCACAUGUGCUUAAUUGCUAAUGAAAUAAAAUCUCUUAGCUUAUCUUUGAAUGGAGGAAGGGCAUAAGCUUA